AUCUGCAUCAAACUACACCCUCCAAUGAAGAAAGAGAGUAGAUAGCAAAGGGAUAGAUAAUGUGGGAGACAACCAUGGCUUACUCACCCCUUCUUCCCAAACCCUAUUAUUAUUACCAUUAUCAACAACAUCAAAGAUGUCUCAAGAUCAACCUCCCAAAAUGGAUAACAAGAGCUUCCUCUGCUGCCCCUGGUGUCGACCUCAACACACUCCAAUCUGCCAUUUCCAAGAAAGACAGUGAUGCUGUUAAAGAGGCACUUGAUCAGCUAGGUCAAGUUGGUUGGGCCAAGAAAUGGAGUUCUCAGCCCUAUGUUUCACGUCGUACGACAUCACUGCGAGAGCUCACAAGUCUAGGAAUAAAAAACGCAGAGAACCUUGCAAUUCCUAGUGUCAGAAACGAUGCAGCUUUUCUUUUCACUGUGGUUGGAACAACAGGAUUUUUUGCUGUUCUGGCUGGCCAGCUUCCCGGGGACUGGGGUUUCUUUCUUCCAUACUUGAUUGGGAGUAUUUCCUUGGUGGUUUUGGCUGUGGGUAGCAUAUCACCAGGGCUUCUCCAAGCUGCUAUUAGCAGUUUCUCAACACUUUUUCCUGAUUAUCAAGAGAGGAUUGCCAGACAUGAAGCAGCUCACUUUUUGGUUGCUUAUCUCCUUGGCUUACCCAUUUUGGGUUAUUCACUGGAUAUUGGUAAAGAACAUGUCAAUCUCAUUGAUCAGAGGCUUGAAAAGCUUAUUUAUAGUGGUCAGCUUGAUGCUAAAGAGCUAGAUAGAUUAGCUGUUGUGUCAAUGGCUGGACUGGCAGCAGAAGGUUUAACAUAUGACAAGGUGGUUGGUCAAUCUGCUGAUCUUUUCACUCUACAGAGAUUUAUUAACAGAACCAAGCCACCACUCAGCAAAGAUCAGCAACAAAAUCUCACAAGAUGGGCUGUUCUGUUUGCUGCUUCUCUCUUGAAAAACAACAAGGGGCUUCAUGAAGCCUUAAUGGAAGCAAUGGCAAAGAAGGCAAGCGUAUUGGAGUGCAUUCAAACAAUAGAAAAUGCAGCAGCAUAGUUCGACGUGAAACGGUUUCUGAGCGGAUACAUCAAACUAUAGCGUAAACAAAUUGCAAAUUACAAUUUGAAGCUGUUUCUUGUUCAUAAUCACUCAUGAUUCAAAUUUACAAUGUGCAUUCAGCUUCUAUUUGAAUGAUAUAUACCCCAUGCUAAUAAAACCACAUUUCAUUUCAUUGUC